AUGAGGCACGCUCCACGCUACCAACGCAACCCAGUCCAGUCUGGCCAGUUGCCCAGGAAGAAAUUCACCCAUGUCGCCGAUGGCACCCGGCGAGCAAGUAGAAACAAGGAGGCCUGUCUGGUUCAGGCGGUUAUGCGAGCAUCGCGGGUUGUCGCUCUCUCCUACCGUGCCACCUGGUCACCGCCUUGGCAUUCACGAUACCAAGGAGAGGACGACAGAAUAGCCCAGUGUCAUCCCGGCUGUGGCGGAAUCUCCAAGGCCCACUAA